AUGGAUCGAUCGGAAUUGCUUAAACAAUUCAUGGGCGUGGUUUCUUGUGAUGAAAAGCAAGCACAAUUCUACCUGGAAGCCAACAAUUGGAAUUUGAAUGAAGCUCUGAGUAAUUACAUUGAGGAACCAAUGGGCGACGUGGAACAAGAAACCACGGAAUCUGGCCCGUUCCAAGGAACGCAAGAUCCCGUUCCUUCUAAUGCUACCUCCGGAUCUUCUAAACAGAAGAGUUCUCCUAGGUCUCGAGUUGCAACUAUACGCGACUUAGACAACGAAGUAUCUGAAGAGGAGGAAGAGGAAGAACGCGAAAACCUUUUUGCUGGUGGUGAAAAGUCUGGAAUUUUCACACAAAAUCCAAACGCAAAAUCACCAAAGCCUUCGAAUUCAUUAGUGAAUGAUAUUCUGAAAAAAGCCGCCGAAGGUGGGCGUGGACCAGCCGAAGAAGCCGAGGUCCCCGACGCGACUCCACGUUCAUUCUUCACCGGCACUG